GGAAGUCGAAGGCGAGAGGUGUCGCAAAAGGCUGCUGGUUGGCUGGCGGAGGGGGCCGUCAAGCGCGGCGGCUGAAGAGAGAACCUCGGCGUCGGUUGGGCGAUGAAAAUGGCGGCGCCGGGCCGGCCUGGGGGCGAAGGCGGUUGGGGCUGCGACGGAGGCGGCUUCGUGGGAGCCGGAGCGGCCUCCAGAGUCUGACAGCAAUUCUACAGUGCAGAUUACGAGAAAACUCCAGGAUCUACCCCAGUAGAAGAGCGGGAUAGGAAAGAGUGAAUUUGCAAGAAAACAAGAUGUCUGACACAGGGAGUAGCACAGAUGGGAAAACAGACCUGCCCAAUGGCAGCUUGUCCAGUAGCCCUGAGGAAAUGUCGGGAGCUACGGAGGGCCGUGAGACCUCAUCGGGUGUGGAGGUUGAGGCUUCGGAUCUUAGCUUGAGCCUCACUGGAGACGAAGUGGGGCCCAACCGUACGUAUACGGAGAGCUCGGCGGAAGAGAAGGACUCGGACAGCAUGGAUGACACAGGCCACUAUUCCAUCAAUGAGCUGAACCGGACCUACGACCGCUCUCAUUCGGAUGAUGAGGAAGAGGAAGAAGAGGAGGAGGAGGAGGAAGAGCCACCACAGCCACAGAUGGAGGCAGAGGCCCAGCGGUCUCGCCGGCGGGCCCAGCGCAAGCGCCCUAACCGGGACAGGGACUCCUCGGAUGACGAGAGGGCCUUGGAGGACUGGGUGGCUUCAGAGACAGCCCCGCUGCCUCGGCCCCGCUGGCGAGCCAUCCCAGCUCUGAGGGAAAGGGAGCUGGGCUGCAGCACCCGCUUUGUCUACGAGGCUUGCGGGGCCCGGGUCUUUGUGCAGCGCUUCCGGCUCCAGUAUGGCCUGGAGGGCCACACUGGCUGCGUCAACACCUUGCACUUUAACCAGCGCGGCACAAGGCUGGCCAGCGGGAGUGACGAUCUCAAGGUGGUGGUCUGGGACUGGGUGCGGAGGCGGCCGGUGCUGGAGUUUGAGAGCGGCCACAAGAGCAACGUCUUCCAGGCCAAGUUCCUCCCCAACAGCGGCGACUCAACCAUCGCCAUGUGUGCCCGCGACGGCCAAGUCCGCGUUGCUGAGCUCUCCGCCACCCAGUGCUGCAAGACCACCAAGCGGGUGGCCCAGCACAAGGGGGCAUCGCACAAGCUGGCCCUCGAGCCAGACUCUCCCUGCACUUUCCUCUCAGCUGGCGAAGACGCCGUUGUGUUCACAAUUGACUUGAGACAAGACCGGCCUGCUUCGAAGCUGGUUGUGACAAAAGAGAAGGAGAAGAAGGUGGGCCUCUACACCAUCUAUGUGAACCCAGCCAAUACGCACCAGUUUGCUGUGGGAGGCCGAGAUGAAUAUGUCAGGAUCUACGAUCAGCGGAAGAUUGACGAGAAUGAGAACAACGGUGUCCUCAAGAAGUUCUGCCCCCACCACUUGGUGAACAGCGAGUCAAAAGCCAACAUCACUUGCCUGGUCUACAGCCAUAAUGGCUCCGAGCUCCUGGCCAGCUAUAAUGAUGAAGAUAUCUAUCUCUUCAACUCAUCGCACAGUGAUGGAGCAGAGUACAUCAAGCGCUACAAGGGGCACCGUAACAACGCCACAGUGAAGGGCGUCAACUUCUAUGGCCCCAAGAGUGAGUUCGUGGUGAGCGGCAGCGACUGUGGGCACAUCUUCCUGUGGGAGAAGUCGUCCUGCCAAGUGGUGCAGUUUAUGGAGGGCGACAAAGGCGGCGUGGUCAAUUGCUUGGAGCCCCACCCACACCUCCCCAUCCUGGCGACCAGCGGCCUGGAUCACGACGUCAAGCUCUGGGCUCCAACGGCUGAGGCCCCCACCCAGCUGGCUGGCUUGAAGGAGGUGAUCAAGAAGAACAAGCGGGAGCGGGAUGAAGAUGGCCAGCACCACACGGAUAUGUAUGAGAGCCACUUGCUUUGGUUCCUGAUGCACCACUUCCGGCAGAGGCGGCACCACCGGCGCCGGAGAGACCCGGGCACCGGAGCCACGGACAGCGACUCGGACGAAUCCCCCAGCUCCUCGGACACGUCCGACGACGACGAGGAGGGUCCCGACCGGGUGCAGUGCAUGCCCUCCUGAGGGCGAGGAGUCCCAGACGAGGUGGGGGGAGAAGAGGGUACAGACUAGGAGCCGCAAUGCCCCCUCUCACUUAACCACUGUUCCCUCCUCCCUUCUGCUUUUUAUUGAACCGUCAAGGAAGGCCCUCCCCACCUCUCCCCGCACAUGUCCUUCCUGGUCAUUUCUCUCCUGGGGAAUUUUGCCUACUUGCACUUGGACAUCAGCGGAGAAGCCGGGAGCUGGUGUCUGUGUGGGGUGGGAAGAUGGGGGAGCCUUCUUUUCCUUGCGUCACCACUAGAUCGAUCUUCCCAGGAGUAGAGGAGUGCUUGGCUGCCCGUUCCCUGCGGAGCUUCUUUGGAGUGAGUUGAGUUAGCUCUCUGUUCCACCCUCCCCUUCCUUUGAAAUGUUGUCAGCCUCAAAGUUAAGGGAAGGCAUCUUGGAGGUUUUGUGCUUUUCUCUCCUCCUCAUUUUCCUCCUUCCCCUCAAGCACUGCUGCAUGCUGCACUCCGGGUGAGCAAAAAACGGACUCUUGCUUUUUUUUUUCCCCUGAAGGCAUUCAGGGUGGGGCUUUUUGUUCUCCCCUCCUGGUUCUUUUUCCCGGCUCCACUCCCUUUGGUUGGUUGUGUUUCUUUUGUUUCUUAUUCAGCAGUAAUUCUAGGCACAAAUAACUCCCCACUGCAAAUCUAGAGCCUUGCCUUUUGCAGUCUAGAACAGCCCCUGGCUGAGCUUCUUGGAGCCUCAAGUUUGUUUUCAAAGUGUGGAAUGCGAAUGCGGGUGGUUGUGCUCUGCUCUUCCGCUGCAGUGGAACCUGGAUGCCUGGCUUUUUUUUGGGGGGGGGGGGGGGAGGCGCCCCAAGGAUCCCGCCCUCGAUCUAGAAGGUUCUGUGCCCCUGUCCCCUCUUUCUUCCUUUUCAAAAUUAUCUAUUGUUUUUGAAACAAAAGUUCUCCCCUAUUGCUGUUUAGAGGCCUAAUUUUAUAUGUAUUAAACCGGACAAGAACCAAAUUAAACUUGGAUGUUAUCCAGUUAAAAUUAUUGUAAAAGUUUAAAUAUAUAUAUAUAUAUAUAUAUAAAUAUAUAUAUUAUAUAAAUGCAAUAAAUAAAUUGAGAGACA